GUCUAUCCUACUUCUUAAAGACUUCUCUUGCCGUUUCUUUCAAGUUCUAAGAACCACACACACACACAUAGUGUGAAAAUAUAUAUACACAGUACAUCCGCCAAAAAGAGAGCUUGGAGAAGGUGAAAAUGGGAAGACCACCAUGCUGUGAUAGCAUCGGAGUGAAGAAAGGGCCAUGGACACCUGAAGAGGAUAUAAUUCUCGUCUCCUAUAUUCAACAGCAUGGUCCUGGCAAUUGGAGAUCUGUUCCUACUAGCACUGGUUUGCUGAGAUGCAGUAAAAGUUGCAGACUUAGAUGGACCAAUUAUCUUCGCCCUGGUAUAAAGCGUGGGAAUUUCACCGAGCAAGAAGACAAGAUGAUCAUCCAUCUACAAGCCCUUCUUGGCAAUCGAUGGGCAGCAAUAGCUUCAUAUCUUCCGCAAAGAACAGAUAACGAUAUCAAGAAUUACUGGAACACCCAUCUUAAAAAGAGGCUCCAUAACUACCGUUCCAAUUCCGACCAAGAAAACCAUCAUCAUCAACAGGGUGCGUCUACAUCAUCAUCGUCCUCAGAAACCAUCACCACUGCCAAAGGUCAAUGGGAAAGAAAGCUCCAAACUGAUAUCCACAUGGCCAAACAAGCUCUUUCUGAUGCCCUAUCACUCCACACCAAACCCACCACUUCAUGGCAGCAGCCGCCAACCCCUACUGCUCCUAUCGAUCACCAACCAGAGUUACCACCUCCACCUCCGGUAAUAUUUAACGCCUCCAGUUAUGCAUUGAGUUCCGAAAACAUUGCUAGGUUGCUCCCAAACUGGCUGAAGAAAAGCGGAAAAUCUUCACAAACAAGCUCUGAAAGCAUCGGUACUUUUAACCAGCAGUUCCCAAGUCCUCCAACAAGUGAAGGGUUAAAAAACUAUGGCAAUUCCGAAGUUUCAGAGACAACAAGCUUGUUCCAAGCUGAAAGUAAACCAAACAUCAUGGAAUAUCAAAUACCUUCUCUUACUUUCUUGGAGAAGUGUCUGUUUGAUGAUGCUGCACAAGGACAUGAAGGCUUUAUGGAUAUGUCAUUAGAAGAAAGUGAUAGCUUAUUCUAACUUGGGUUAGCUUUAAGACUAGACUCUACAGUUAGCUUUUAGAAAGUGCAAGUUUCCAGUGGUAAGUAAUAGAAUAGUUUAGGAGUCAAUUCUAUGUAUAGAACAGGAAGUAAAAAAUGACUUUUAUGGUUCUUAAUCUUAUAUUAAUAUCUUACUUUUCAAUUUCA